UUUGGAGGUAGAAUAGAAUACUAAACUUGCGUGUAACAAAAUAAGCAUAGGCCUAUUUGUUUAGAUCCGUAUAAGUCGUUGUUAAAUCGCAAACAAAAAAUACUUUUUACAGUAGCCUAUGCUCGCUAAAAUAUCAGGCAAUCCAGUAAGUACCUCUCCAAAUAACCAAACAGUGCACCCAUGAGUGCAUCUCAAACGAGGAACCCAUAGGAAGAAACCUUUUAUCUUCUACUGUCACGAAAAUGUGAAGACUUCAUAACUAGAGAGUGGCAGCAAUGCCUUUCGUGGCUAAACGAUGUGGGGUGAAUUUUAGCCCACCUUCUGUCGUGGUUAUUUAUGAAGCCAAGGACACUGGGAAGAUGAGAAAACGCGUUAUUCCAGUGAGGGAUUUCUCACAGUUUUCAGAUUGCAGCAAGGCUGCAGAACGGUUGAAACAUAACCCUCGUCACAGGGAUUACCUGGAGAGUAUAUCCGUGAGCCAGCUAGAGAAGCUUCAUGUACUCCUGCGUGAACACAUGCGGGGGCUCACUCCAGAACAAAGUUUGGCUGGUUUGCGAAAUGAAGAUCCCAACGAGGAGGACCUCAAUAAGCUAAGCGACAAGGAUCUUGCACACAGGAAAGCUCAAAUGGACAAGGUCUUUGAGCGCAACAGAAAGCAGAGGGGAGACCCGGACUUUGUUUAUGAUCUCGAGGUGGAGUUUCCAGAGAUGGAGAGUCAGGGAGUCUGCAGCUGGGAUGAUGAAUCAGAUGAUGGCUUUUAGCCAAAAUUAUUUCAUUGAGUUGACUUGCCAUACAAUCUUAAAAAAAGGAAAUGUGUGCUAAAUAUCGGAAAAUGCAUUAUUAUUGGGUUAUCAUUGAAUCAUCAAUCAUUAUUUGAAAACCAAGUUUAAGAUGGGGACAGAGGAAUUGUAUUGAAUCAUACUCCGGUUGUGUUGUAUAAAAUAAAACUACAAAGAUCAAA